UCAUUAUUGGCAUUUGGGCUUAAAGCCCAUUAUUUGUUCCAGCCCACAAAUGGGGCGGAACCCAAUAUAUAUAAAUAGUCACUAUAUAUAUACUACACCGCCCACUCCUCCUUUUACAUGCUUCUUUCCUUCAAUUACCCAUUUCUGCUUCUUCCUUUCUUUGCUAGUUUGUUUCUCACUCUUUUCUUUCUCUUGAGUGAUAUAUAAAUAUAUAAUCUAUAUAAUAAUAUAUACACUACUAAUUGCCUUCAUGGAAGCCUCUCAUGAGGAAUUUGUUGGCUCCUCCAACGACAAUACAAACAACAACCAAACACAUCAUAUGAUCGCCAAAGGCAGGCGCACCAAGCGCCAGAGGCCCUCCUCCCCCUUGAUCAGCUCCUCGUCAUCGAGCGCCUGCGGCGGCGAAGGCGGAAGAGGGGAGGAAUACGGCAAUUCGUUCUCGUCGCCGCCGACAACAUCUAGCGGCGGCGGCGGCGGCGGCGAGGUCUACGAGAGCACCGAGGAAGAAGAGGACAUGGCCAACUGUUUGAUUCUCUUGGCUCAAGGAAAUCAUCGUCAAUAUCAUCGAACACAUCAACAGGAGGCCGCAGAAGAUCAUAAGGUAAUCGCCAAUAACACCACAAGUAGUACUAAUAAAGCCGGUUUGUAUGCCUACGAGUGCAAGACGUGUAAUCGGACUUUCCCUUCCUUCCAAGCCCUCGGCGGCCACCGUGCCAGCCACAAGAAGCCCAAAACCGCGGCCGCUGUUGACGACAAGAAGCCGACAAUCCUCUCCGAAGAAUUAGAAGACAAUCAAGACGACAAAGAAGAACAUCAUGUGUUCCUACUCAACAAAACUCUCCAAAAGGUCGGGAUUAUUAGUACCAGCACGAUUACCAACAAGGUUCACGAGUGCUCGAUAUGCGGCUCAGAGUUCACCUCCGGCCAAGCCCUUGGCGGCCAUAUGAGGCGGCACAGGGCGGCUGUCACCGUGCCGCCUAAUUCGAAUGUUGUUGUGUCUACUACUGCUUCAGUUUCUGCUUCUGCUGCUAUGACGACGAACAAUUCCUUGUCUUUACACGAUGAAGUGGAGAUCAUUAAGCGUCGGAGGCCAAAUAUUCUACAGUUGGAUCUUAAUCUUCCGGCACCGGAGGACGAUCACCGGAGUGGUACCGAGUCUAAAUUUGCUCUCGUCUUCUCCGCCCCGGCUUUGGUAGAUUGUCACUAUUAGGAGAAAUCAAUCAAACAGGAGGAAAAAUUGGCCUAAUUCAGAACAAUGUGAAUUAUUAUCAGUACUAUUGUUAUACUAUAUGGACUGUUACAGCUUUUGUUCAAUUUUAGUGCCAUUUCACUAGCAUGGAUAUUCUUUGAAUUCAAAAUUCUAGAAUUAAUAAUAAAUACAUGUAUAUGUGAUAUA